CCAUGGGCCCCCCUAAUGGGGUCCCCAUCCCACUGCCCAGGGAGGCCGUGCCAGAUCCGGCAGCAGCGCAGAUCCCGCAGCAGCGGGGCUGGGCCCUUCCUGCGGCAGGAACCUCCCGAGGAGCCGUUUCCUCGUCGGGCGGCAGCGGGUCCCCUCCGCCACCGUCCCGUCCCGCGCCGAGGGGACAGGACGCGCCCCGAGCUGCAGCGGGGGCCGGGCACGCCCCCGCCGCGGAGCCCGGCCCCGUCUCUCGUCGAGGCGGCGGCGGAAACCGGGCGAGUCGGGACCGGCCCGGCGCGGGCACGAGCGGCACCGCGGGCGCGCACCCGCCCCAGCGCCGGCCGCAGGCGGAGGCGCGGGGAGGCCAUGGAGGCGGCGGAGCCGGCGGAGGAGGCGCUGGUGCUGGUGGAGUACGGCUUCGAGUACCGCGCCAAGGACGGCACCUUGGUCUCCAUCAAGCCCAACGAGCGCUAUGUCCUGCUCAAACGCACCAACCCGCACUGGUGGCACGUCCGCAGGAGCGGGGACGCCCGGCCCUUCUACAUCCCGGCCCAGUACGUCAAGGAGCUGCCGCCCAUCGCUGCCCCAGCCCCGCUUGACCCCCCGCCACCGGGACGUGCUGCGGCGGAGCCGGCCGCGCUCGUCCCUCAGCCCCCGCCAGCCUACGAGUAUCGCUUCAUCGGGGCCGCCGAGCCGGGGCAGCCGGCAGGAGGGUGCCCGGUGCCCAGGAGGGACUCGGUGCCCAGGAGGGACUCGGUGCUUCAGAAGGAUUCUGUGCCCAGGAGAGACUCGGUGCCCAGGAGGGACUCGGUGCCCAGGAGGGACUCACCACCAUCACUCAGCUCUUUUCGGGUCCUGCCGGGGCUGACCCCGCACCCCGCUGAGCCUGUGAGACCUUCGCACUCCCUGGAUGACCUGGCGCGGGUGACACCAGCAGCUCGCAGUGCCACUGCUGCCAUGGGGGCGCGCGGGGACCCCCCCGGACACGCUCGGCCGCUCGGGAAGAGCCGCUCCGAGACCCUCUGCGCCUCCGGCAAGGACAGGGACGUGGCCAGGAGGUGGCCGGGGGCCGGCCCCGCGACUCAGGCACGAAAGGAGUCAGAGGAGACACCUGAUCCCAUCUACCUCAACAUCCAGGAGCUGCGGGAAGAGGCCGCCGCCCGCUCGGCCCCAGAGGAGCCCGGCGGCUCCGUGUCGGACUGGGAAACCCACACGGACACGGACAGUGGACAUUUGUUUUAUUACAACCCGGUGACGGGCGAGACCACGUGGGAUUGUCCCUUCGGGCAGGCGGACGAUGGAGUGAGUCCCGCCGCCUCUCCCGCCUCCUCGCUCGCACACAGCCCGGAGCUUCCCGAGUGGGAACAGCACGUGGACGAAGGAAGCGGACAGACUUUUUUCUAUAAUUCGGUGACAGGUGAGACGUCGUGGGACCCCCCCACUGCAGGAGACAAGGGCAGCCCCCGGGAGAUCCCUGGGGGGACGCGGUACGGUGCCAUGGAGCAGAGGCCACCCACUCCAGAAACGGAUUAUCCCGACCUGUCUCCAGAUGAGCUGGAGUGUUAUCCUGAGGAAGACUAUUCGCCUGUGGGCUCCUAUGAGCAGGGGGCCUCUCUCUGCCUGUCCCCGAGGCGCCCUGAGGAGCUGGGCUCGCCCCCGGGCUGGUAUGGGCAUGGCCACCCUGAGGGACUCAUGUUCUACCCCGAGCACUUCGCCCCUGACACGGUGCCAUCGGGUGGCCGCCACGAGCGGGCCAGCAGCGGCUCCAGCCAGGACAGCGGGCUCUUCGCCUGGCACGGCGCCGUGUCACCGGCACCGGGCAGCAAGGAGGACAAGUUUAAAUGCCUUGAAAAAGCCGGGGUGCUCAACCGGACCAAGACAGUGGACAGAGGGAAGCGGCUCCGGAAGAACUGGAGCUCCUCCUGGACUGUGCUGGAAGGGGGAAUCCUCACCUUCUUCAAGGACUCCAAGCACUCAGCUGCCAGUGCCUUGAGGCACCCCAGCACCCUGACCACCCCCGAGCACACGGUGAAGCUGCACGGGGCCACCCUCACCUGGGCCGGCAGGGACAAGUCCAGCAAGAAGAAUGUCCUGGAGCUGAGGACGCGGGAGGGCUCGGAAUUCCUCAUCCAGCAUGACUCGGAGCAGAUCAUCACUGCCUGGCACAAGGCCAUCGCCGACAGCAUCGGCCGGAGGGGCUCCGACAUCCCCGGAGAGGAGGAGGCCGAAAUUCGGGCUGAAUUCGGCUCCCGGGAGAGGCUGGGGGGCGGCGAGGAGCGGAGGGCAGCAGCCGGGCAGGUGACGGGCAGUGCCGAGAGUGACACCAGCCGAGUCCGGAACAAACUCCGCAAGUUCCUGCAGAGGCGGCCGACGAUGCAAUCCCUGCGGGAGAGGGGCUACAUCAAGGACCAGAUUUUUGGCUGCUCGCUGGUGGCCCUGUGCGAGCGGGAGCGAGGGACAGUGCCACGCUUCGUCCUGCAGUGCAUCUGGACCGUGGAGAGGAGAGGUCUGGACAUCGAUGGGCUGUACCGGGUCAGUGGCAACCUGGCCACCAUCCAGAAACUGCGCUACAAGGUGGAGCACGACGAGCAUCUGGACCUGGAUGAUGGGCGCUGGGAGGACAUCCACGUUGUCACCGGGGCACUGAAGCUCUUCCUGCGGGAGCUGCCAGAGCCACUCGUCCCCUUCAGCCACUUCGACAAGUUCAUCGCUGCCAUCAAGAUCCAGGACCCAUCCAUGCGGGGCCACUGCAUCCGGGACCUGGUGCUGUCCCUGCCGCCCGCCCACCAUGACACCAUGAAGGUCCUUUUCCGCCACCUCUGCAGGGUGGUGGAGCACAAGGAGGAGAACCGCAUGUCAGUGCAGAGCGUCGCCAUCGUCUUCGGCCCCACACUGCUGCGGCCGGCCAGCGAGGAGAGCAACAUGGCCAUGCACAUGGUCUUCCAGAACCAGGUGGUGGAGCACAUCCUCAACCACUAUGGAUACAUCUUCCCUGAUGGAUAAACGCUGGGGAUGAGCCUGGCAGUGGGGACUUGAUGGAGCAGCGUCUCCAGGAAGGACUUGGCCAUGUGUCACCUUGGUGGUGGCUCCAUGGAGGGCGGCGCGGUGACCCGGCUCGAGGGAGGGACACCCCAGGGGGUUCUCCUUGGCCACCCUGUCCCACCGAGGCUGGAUGUGGGGAGCCGGGCCCCAGGGGGUGUGUGGGGCUCGGGGGGUCCCCGUGGUCAGUGGAGCCCUGCAGUGCCCCCCUGGAGCCGGCAUUCCCGGGUGGCAGCAGGGAGGGGCCGGCGGGCAGGGCCUGCUGGGCGGUGGCACCGGCGGGCAGGGAGGGGCCGGGCAGUGCCGUGGCUGCAGCCCCUGCCCCGAUCCCAAAUAAAGAGCCCAUGCAGACA